AUGGCGCGCCCUGCCGUCCUGUGUGCUGCGCUCAUCUGCCUCUUGGCGACGCAUUCCCUCGCGCAGUCACCCGCAGCCGCUCCGGCCAACGCGCCGCCCAAAUCUCCACAGGCCGCGACGCCUACCGCCACUCCUGCCGACGCCAAAUCCCCCGCUGCUGCUACCGCGCCGCCCACCACCCCAGCCACGCCUGCCGACGCCACAUCCCCCGCUGCUGCCGCCGCGCCGCCCACCACGUCAGCCACGCCUGCCAAAGCCACAUCCCCCGCCGCUUCCGCCGCGCCACCCACCACCACGCCUGCAAAAGCCACAUCACCCGCCGCUGCCGCCGCGCCGACCACCACGCCAGCGACGCCUGCCAAAGCCACAUCCCCCGCUGCCGCACCCCCCACCACCCCAGCCACGCCUGCCAAAGCCACAUCCCCCGCCGCCGCGCCACCCACCACCACGCCUGCAAAAGCCACAUCCCCCGCCGCCGCGCCGCCCACCACCCAAGCCCCGCCUGCCGACGCCACAUCUCCCGCCGCUGCUGCCGCGCCACCCACCACCCCGGCCGCCCCUGCGCCCAAGUCCUCCCCGGUCACCCCUGCACCCAAGCCUUCCCCAACCACCCCGGCACCAAAGCCCGCGCCAGUCACCACUGCCCCUGUAGCCGCGCCUACCACCACCCCCGUCACACCGGCGCCGGUCAAGGCCCCGGCCGCAGCUCCUCCCAUGCCCAAAGCCAAGGCCCCCGCGGCGGCACCGCCUGCCAAGGCACCGGCGGCACUCCCUCCCACCGUAGAGGCACCGGCCGCGCUCCCACCCACCGUAGAGGCACCGGCCGCCGCUUCCCCCGCGCCCGUCGUUGCCGACGUGCCAGCCGCCGCGCCGGCCCCGGACACGAAGCCCACCAAGGCCCCCGCCCCGGCGCCCGCCAAGACCAAGAAGCGCUCCUCCAAGGACAAGAAGAAGAAGGCUGCCGCCCCUGCUCCGGCCGCCGUCGCCCCCGUCGCCAAGACCGCGUCACCCGCCAUCUCUGACGCCGAGGCUCCCGGGCCCAGCGGAGACUCCACCGCCUCCGACACCGCGAAUGCCGCGGGAAGAAGUUCCGAGAGGAUGGCGGGAGUGAUCCUAGUGGCGCUUGCGGCGGUGGCGAUGCUCGCCGCUUAG